AUGGACCAAGUGGAAGCUCUCACAGGAGGAGAGACUGAUAUAAAUGAUGUGAAACAUGUUCUGGAAAAAAUGGGGAUUGACCUGAAGGAAAAAGAAAUGUUGAAGCUGCUAAAAAAUUUGCCAGUCAAUGAGGACGGAAAGGUCUAUCAAAAUAGGUUGAUGGACAGCCUGAAGUCCCUUAAAGGAGGGACCAUUAGUGCCAAUAAACUGGAUUCACUCCUGGGGAGCAUGGGCAUAAGACUCGAAGAAAAGGAACUUGAAGACCUGAUUCAGAGUCUGCAGCAGGAUGCUGAUGGGAAUGUUGAUCUUAAAAAGAUAAUGGAUGAAGUAAAAAACAUAUCUGGAAACAAGGUUUAUGAAAGCGAUCUUCAAAAUUAUCUCAGAAAUCUGGGAAUUGAGCUAACAGAUGCAGAAUGCUCAGAGCUCAAGAAAACUCUGCCUACUGAUGCUGCUGGAAAGGUAUAUCAAAAUAGGGUGCUGGAUGCUGUAAAGUCUCUUAAAGUAGGGAGGGUUAAUCUCAGUGACCUGGACAAAGCUCUUGGAAACAUGGGAAUUGAACUUACAGAGAAAGAACGUAAAAAUCUAAGAGAUAAGCUUGUAGUCAAAGGAUUUUUAUCAUGA